CACUGACGUAUUUAUUUCAAUGUACCUUUUAUUGAUAUGUAUGUACUCGUACACCGUCAACUCCAUUAAUAUCUUCGAAUUCUACAUAUUUGCGAGAUGCUUGCAAAUAAAACUUGGAUUGAUCAACAAAUUCUUGAGCGACAUCUUAACGGAUUUAUCGAAAGAAAUGAAAGCGGGCCUUUUUCAAGAUAAAAAUGUUUGCAAAAUCAUAAACGUCAAGAACUAUGAAAAACAUGUUAUUCCCACGAAUAUGAUAUUUCAAUGGCGUCAGGCGACGCAGCCUCAAAUAAAUAAUUCUAUGUCAGAGAAGUGUGAUCCGAUCGUAUUUCACAUUGAACCUCACUUUCCUUCACAAGUCAAAGAAGAAUUUCAAAACGUACUUCAGAAUCAUUCUCAAAGACGUAAUAACUCCAAAAUGACAAAAAGUCAGAAAUGUACAUUUUUAUUGCAAGUAAUCAAACAGGUGCACCUGGAGUUGUGUAAAGUAUCAAAAAUAAUAUGCACUAUUCUCGGAGUACAGGUAGCUUGGGAAAUAGGAGUAAUUAUUAUAUUUCUCAUUGAAACUUUUUAUAAGUUUUACGUCGAAUGCUUUAUGAACGAACACAAAGUCGCAGAUUUCGUGGGAGAAACAUUUGUGAAGCUGGCAUUAUGUACUCUUUACACUACACAAAUAGUUCUUUUAAGUUGCGUUUGCAAGAGCGCGGCCGAGGAGGGAAACAGAACCAUCGAAAUUAUUCAUACAAUUUAUGGUUGCAACGCAGAUGUCGACUUGCGGGAGGAGAUUCAGCAGUUUGGUAUUCAAAUUUUGCAACAUCCCAUGACAUUCUCCGUGUUCGGUCUUACUCUGGAUAAUCAAGUCUUAAGCAUGAUUUUGAAAACUGUUACGACCUACAUGGUUAUCAUGGUAGAAGUGAGCAAUACACUGGAAUCAAACAAUGCUAUAGAAUAUUCACAUUUUUAAAGAGUUGUAGAUAUUAUUAAAUAAUUUAUUCAUUCCGACACAGGUCUACAGUCCAGAGCCUUGACCUCCUAGCUUCAGCCUUUAGAUAUCCCCAUCCCUCGAUAUCAUCCUCCAGCACCUCACUCCAAGCAUGUCUCUAAAUUCUUAUUCUCUUAUCUCAAUGGUGUCCCUCAUAUCGUUUUUCUCACUUUUUUCCUACUUCCUAAUAGUCCUACACGGAACUUUGUCUCUCUUUCAUGCGCUGCACGUCUCGACCAAUUAACUCUCUGCAAGAGUGUAUCUAACUAAUCUUUAGAUUUCUUCAUUUUCACAAUGAUCAACUUUAAGACUGCACUAUAACGCGAGUUCGCCUUUCGUUAAAUAUGUAAAGAGUUAGGCGGUACAAAGUAAUCGAAUGACAAUAAUAAUACAAGUAAGUGAUCAUACGAUAGAGUUUAUUUUGAUGUGUUUAUUUUGCGGGGAGGCCAGAUCGAUUAAAUGAAUACAGUCAGGUGAUUAA